AUGAGGCUGUGGGGUCUUCUCCUCUGCCUGGUGACAGCUCCCCAAGGUGUGCUGUCUGACGUGACACUGCAGGAGUGGGGCCCAGGACUGGUGGAGCCCUCGCAGACCCUCUCCCUCACCUGUGCUGUCUCUGGAGUCUCCAUCACAACCACCUAUUAUGGUUUCAGCUGGAUCCUCCAGGCCCCGGGGAAGGGACUCGAGUGGAUGAGGGGCAUAGAUUAUGAUGGUGACAAGUACUACAGCCCAUCUCUCAAGAGCCGCACCUCCAUUUCCAGAGACACAUCCAAGAACCAGAUCUCCCUGCAGCUGAGCUCUGUGACCCCCGAGGACAUGGCCGUGUAUUACUGUGCAAGCUGCACAGUGAGGGGAAGUCCGUACAUCAUGGAGUGUGGGCUGAGCUGGGUUGUGCUUGCUGUUAUUUUACAAGAUGGGGACCAGUGUGAGGAGCAGCUGGUGGAGUGUGGGGGAGGCUUGGUGCCACCUGGGGAGACUCUGAGACCCCCAUGUGCAGCCUCUGGAUUCACCAUUAGUAGCUCCUGGAUGAACUGGGUCCACCAGGCUCCAGGGAAGGGGCUGCAGUGGGUCUCAUGCAUUAAUAGUGGUGGUAGCACACACUAUGCAGAUUCUGUGAAGGGCUGGUUCACCAUCUCCAGGGACAAUGCCAAGAACGUGGUGACUCCACAAAUGAACAGCCUGAGAGCCGAGGACACGGCCGUGUAUUCCCGUGUGAGAGACACACCCUGCGAGGACGAAGAUUCACUUUUCAUGAAGUGA